CGCGCGAUGCAUCGGGCGGGGCUGCUGCCCCGGGCCCCGGGCUCCGGGCCCCUUCGGCCGCAGUCAGAGCAGUGCGGCCGCGGAGGCCUCAGCUAUGCUCAAGGUGCGGCCCGAGCGCAGCCCACGCGAGCGCAUCCUCACGCUGGAGUCCAUGAACCCGCAAGUGAAGGCGGUGGAGUACGCGGUGCGGGGACCCAUCGUGCUGAAGGCCGGCGAGAUUGAGCUCGAACUGCAGCGGGGUAUCAAAAAACCAUUCACUGAGGUCAUCCGAGCCAACAUCGGGGACGCCCAAGCCAUGGGGCAGCAACCCAUUACAUUCCUCCGACAGGUGAUGGCACUCUGCACCUACCCAAACUUGUUGGACAGCCCCAGCUUCCCAGAGGAUGCUAAGAAACGAGCACGGCGGAUCCUACAGGCUUGUGGCGGAAACAGCCUGGGGUCUUACAGUGCUAGCCAGGGUGUCAACUGCAUCCGUGAAGAUGUGGCUGCCUACAUCACCAGGAGAGAUGGCGGUGUACCUGCAGACCCAGACAACAUUUAUCUGACCACUGGGGCGAGUGAUGGCAUUUCUACAAUCCUGAAGAUUCUCGUCUCCGGGGGUGGCAAGUCGCGGACGGGUGUGAUGAUCCCCAUUCCACAGUAUCCCCUCUACUCAGCGGUCAUCUCUGAGCUUGACGCCAUCCAGGUGAACUACUACCUGGAUGAGGACAACUGCUGGGCCCUGAAUGUGAACGAGCUCCGGCGGGCAGUGCAAGAGGCCAAAGACCACUGUGACCCCAAGGUGCUCUGCAUCAUCAACCCUGGGAACCCCACAGGCCAGGUACAAAGCAGAAAGUGCAUAGAAGAUGUGAUUCACUUUGCUUGGGAAGAGAAGCUCUUUCUCCUGGCUGAUGAGGUGUACCAGGACAAUGUGUACUCUCCUGACUGCAGGUUCCACUCCUUCAAGAAGGUGCUUUAUGAAAUGGGGCCCGAGUAUUCCAACAACGUCGAGCUCGCCUCCUUCCACUCCACCUCCAAGGGCUACAUGGGCGAGUGUGGCUACAGAGGAGGCUACAUGGAGGUGAUCAAUCUGCACCCUGAGAUUAAGGGCCAGCUGGUAAAGCUACUCUCCGUGCGUCUGUGUCCACCAGUAUCUGGACAGGCUGCCAUGGACAUUGUCGUGAACCCCCCGGUGCCAGGAGAGGAGUCCUUUGAAAAUGAGUCUGUUGAGAAGGAGUCCGUUCUAGGGAAUCUGGCCAAAAAAGCGAAGCUGACAGAAGACCUGUUUAACCAAGUCCCGGGAAUUCACUGCAACCCCCUGCAGGGAGCCAUGUAUGCCUUUCCUCGGAUCUUCCUCCCUGCCAAAGCUGUGGAGGCAGCUCAGGCACAUAAAAUGGCCCCAGACAUGUUCUACUGCAUGAAGCUCCUGGAGGAGACCGGCAUCUGCGUUGUGCCUGGCAGCGGCUUCGGUCAGAGGGAAGGCACCUACCACUUCAGAAUGACCAUUCUCCCUCCAGUGGAGAAGCUGAAGACGGUGCUCCAGAAGGUGAAGGACUUUCACAUAAAGUUCCUGGAAAAGUAUGCAUGAGGAUGCCUCGGUCCUCCGAGGGAGACCCCUCCUUCGGGCCUGCCUACCCUGGCCAGGCUGAACUCACCUUCCCCAGUGGCUCUGCCUCAGGCCUCACAGAGGUCACUGGUUGCGUUCAUCAUCAUUUUGCCCCAGGAGACUUCUUUCUUUGUGCCUUGAUGUUGGGAGCACUUCUCUUCUGAGCAAAUGUGAAUUCACCCUGUCCCAGAAGCCCUGUCUUUUUUGAUGUAACCAAAGUAGAGGGGACCGGCUUAGUAGAUAUGACCAGGGUUCUCUGAAUCUGUUAUUGUUGUUGCUUUUGGAAAGCUCAUGUGGGGUUUUGAACAACCAAGGUGUGUUGGGUGAGGAGUUUCAGAUCUGGAGAAACAAGCAGGUAUCAGGAAAUGUAGAACAUCACCAUGGUGAAAACUGGGCAUCCCAUACACCAGUGUGAGCAAUGAAAUAAACCCUAGUGGUGUGAAAAUCUAGUCCUUUGAACAGUAGAACCCUGAAGUCCAGUAGAGUCCAGAGAGGGUCUGCUAUCCUAGCCUUGUAGCAGGCAGCCCAUCUUAGUCAAGAUGAUGAGGGCAGUAGCGCACAGGUUGGACAAGAUGCCAGGCUAGGUUGUGAUGGACAUGGGAGGGGCUACGGCCAAGGUCAGACCUACAGGGGAGGAAUGGGUGUGAGCCAGGUUCCAGGUUGAACCAGGUCUCCACUUCUGAGCAGUGCAGCAAGUAAUGAGGAGUCUGCACAUGGAGGUCUUUGGAAAUGAAGGUUUCUCUUGAACAUGCUUAGGCUGGGUGUUCUGUCCAAGAGGUCUUCCUAGACUUCAGGGACACAUGGUACAGCUGGCGGUAUCCUGGUUAAUGAGGGGCUCUUGGCUGUGCUGUGUGGAUCCACCCCAUGGGUUAUCCAAUCAGAUCUCUCUUUAGGGCUUGACUCAGUCUUUUACUCCAAGCCCUCUGCUAGCAGCAGCAGGGACAACAAAGACUGAAAAUGUCCUAAUCCAGGAGGGGAAGGGGAUCCUCAAGGACUUUACCAACAAGCAAGCCCCUGUAGUUUCUUAAACUGUUCCAAACAGAAUCGGGUCCAUUUCCUAACUCUUCAUUGGUAAAAGUGCCUGGUGGCUUGACUGCUGUGCAGGGGUAAGUGGGAUCUGAUUUGAAGUUUAUUGAAGUGUUUUACCUUCAUGCAGAAUGUUUUGCCUUUGCAUUAGCUGCUGGCUCCCCUCCCAGACUCUGCAGACUCCGUCCUGUGGCAUCAGCAUCUCUCUAGGCCAGGAGGGUGUCAUCUCCCAAGCGUGCAGCUUCCCUGACACUAGCAAACCUGGGCAGGGCCCAACCCACACUCCAAGGAUGCAGUGCUAGGGCAGCAGCUGGCUUAGUACUUGCUUCCUUAUCACCAGGAGCCCUCCCUAUUGCUGUCCGCCUCUCCCAGUGGGAAGUCAGGGAAACCACAACCAGCCCAGUAGCCCAGGCAUCCAGCAAGUCCUCAAAAUGGAAUUAAAGGAGCUAGGGAGAGAAACUCAAAUGGUCUAAGGAGUUGGAAGGUUGCUGGAAGGCAAAACCCACUGUGCUACAACUUCCACAUGGGUCCGUGCAGGGGAAUGCAGGACUCAGUGCAAACUGUCAUUACUCACAAGCAUUGCAUUGCAGUCCCUCCAGAAGAAGUAGCCACAAUCUCAAAUAACAAAAGGGAAUGUUGGGAAACUUUUCCUUCCUUAAAAUAUUGAAUUGAAUAAAAAUUGCACUUGUGCUUGUUGUAGGGUAUAUAAACCAGGAUGUGUCCCAGAGUCAUGAGAUUUCUGGCGGAAAAGUUAAAUAGUAGAAGCUAGUAUAUUUUUUAUAUUUUUGUAAUGGUUGCUUUUUUCAUGGGUGGGGAGGAUUAGUAUUUAUAGUCUUAACAUGUCCUGUAAUUUUUUAUAAGUCUCUUCAGAUUAUAAAUAAUCCCUAAAAACUUUGCAACGUUUACAUGAUUUUUUAAAAGAUGCUAUAUACACUUGGUUUGCUUUUAAAAUAAAUGAAUAAGGUCAGCUACUUUAGGAGGUUCACUUCAGGUAGGAACGCUAUUGAUGAUCAAUUCGAUUUUCUAUAGAUUCUAUACCGGUGCCUUUCCAGUUGGACACCACCGGAGAAAGUUGUCAUUUGAGGUUGCUCUUUGACUCUACUACACCGAUGAGGUUUCUGUUGUUCGUCCAGAUCUGCACAUGGGUGACACCAGGGAAGCCAUGCUGGGCUGUGCCUCGGUGGCCCUCAGCUUACAUGUCCAGGCCGGGCUGGUUGUUUCUGUUCUCGUGUGUGGAGUUUUCAGGAAGAGCAGAUGCUGCCUGUGGUUGCUUUCUAAGCUUGGUUCUCACAGGCAUCUCCUGACAAAGGUACUUAAUGAUAGCUCUACUGGAAAUUUCUAAAUAAAAUAUGUGUCCAAAAUGG